UUUUGUCCUACUGGUCAGAGGCUGGCUGCACACAUUGUUACCAAGCUCCAUUCAAGAUGGGGUUUGGUAGAGGACCCAGGAUACCAUUAUGGGUUGUAAUUCUAGUGAUCUGCUGUAUCCAACAGAAAGCUUCAAGUUCAGAAGAUGUACCUGAAAGAGUCACCAUCCUCCCACCAUUGAAAACAAUGCCUGUUAUAUCAUCCUUCCACUCAGCUCAUAAUGGACGAGUCUGCAGCACAUGGGGUACCUUUCACUUCAAGACAUUUGAUGGUGACAUCUAUAAUUUUCCUGGGGUCUGCAAUUACAUAUUUGCUUCCCAUUGCAAUGCACCAUUUGAGGACUUCAACAUACAAAUUAGACACCAAAGAGUUGGGAACACCUCUACUAUUAGCUAUGUCACCAUGAGGCUGGAUGGAACAGAUUUUAAAAUAGAAAAGGAUCAAAUUUUGGUAAAUGGCAAACGGAUUCACUUACCUUACAAUGGACCUGGAUUUGAAAUAGAGCAUUUUCUCAACUAUAUUAAAGUGGAUAGUAAGAUGGGCUUAACCCUAAUGUGGAAUAAAGACGACAGUGUAAUGCUGGAACUUGAUAGAAAAUAUGCCAAUCACACCUGUGGACUUUGUGGAGAUUUUAACGGCAUUCCAAAGUACAAAGAAUUUUAUUUCGAGAAUACCCCCAUAACAGACUUCCAGUUUGGGAAUCAAUGGAAGCUGAAUGAUCCAACAGAAGAUUGUGAGGAUCCCAUACCUCCUUCUCAGAAGAACUGCAUUGAUGAAUAUGAUAUUUGUCGGGAAACACUGACUGGUUCUGCAUUUUCUGAAUGUAAUGAUAUUGUGGGGGUGAAAAGCUACAUUGAUGCUUGUGUACAUGACCUGUGUCUCUGUGAUGAAGUUGAAAAAUCCUCCUGUCUCUGUGACACUUUCUCUGAAUAUUCUCGACAAUGUGCUCAUGCCGGUGGCCGACCUCAACAGUGGAGAAGCGCAGAACUAUGCCCAAUAACAUGCCAUUUGGGUAUGCAGUAUCAAGAAUGUGGAUCACCUUGUGCAAAUACUUGUACUAAUUCUGAAAUAUCUCAUGUCUGUGAAGAUCACUGCAUAGAUGGCUGCUUUUGUCCACCUGGAACUGUUUUUGAUGACAUCAAUGGCAAAAACUGCAUCCCCUUUGAUCAAUGUUCCUGCAUUUACAACGGAGAAUCCUAUGCUCCGGGGAUGACAUAUUCAGCUCCGUGCCGUUCCUGUGUCUGCAGUGGUGGUGAGUGGAAUUGCACAGAACUUCCUUGUCCUGGUAUUUGCUCAAUAGAAGGAGGAUCACAUAUCUCCACCUAUGACGAAGUGUGGUAUAAUUUCCAUGGAAAGUGUAAUUAUAUUUUCACCAAGAUUUGUGAUGAAGAAACCUUUACUGUUCUUGGAGAUCUUGGGCCAUGUGGCUUCACAGAGUCUGAGAGCUGCUUAAAAAUGGUGGCUCUUACCAUCAAUGGAGGAGAAACUUUUGCUGCAAUCAACCGCAAAGGCAAAGUAAUUGUUAAUGGGAUGUCUGCUCAGCUGCCUAUCUCAGUAGCUAAUUUAACGAUCUUCCAGCCUUCAAUGUCCUUCAUCGUUCUGGAAACAAAUUUUGGGCUUCAGAUAGUGAUCCAGAUUAUUCCCUUGCUACAGACAAACAUUUAUCUGGAUCCAUCUUUCCAAGGGAGAAUGUGUGGUCUCUGUGGCAACUUUAACCAUAACCAGAGAGAUGACUUCAAAACCCUAAAUGGAUUGAUAGAAGGAACAGCAAUUGCAUUUGCUAAUACCUGGAAAACUCAAGCUGCCUGUGACAACAUUAAACAGCAUUUUAAUGACCCUUGCACCCAGAGCAUUGAAAAUGAAAAAUAUGCCCGUCAUUGGUGUGGACUCCUGACUGAUCCUGAAGGACCUUUUGCUAAAUGCCACCUCAUAGUGAAUCCAAAGGCUUAUCAUACGAACUGUAUGUUUGAUGCCUGCGCUUGUGAGAUAAGUGAGAAUUGCAUGUGUGCUGCCCUCUCUUCUUAUGUCAGAGCAUGCAGAACCAAAGGAAUUGAACUUGCAGGAUGGAGAACCAGUGCUUGCUCCAAAUACACUACUUCAUGUCCCAGAUCCCUGAAUUAUAGCUAUGAAAUUAGCUCAUGUGAACCUACUUGCCGAUCACUGAGUGAACCUGAUAUUACAUGCCACAUCAAAUUUGUCCCAGUUGAUGGCUGUACAUGUGAACAUGGAACUUACAUGGAUGAUUCUGGAAUAUGUGUGCCCGCUAACAAAUGCCCCUGUUAUUACAAAGGAAUAGCCAUGCUUCCUGGUGAAGUUUACCAUGAGUUUGGUGUUGCAUGUACUUGUAAUCAAGGAAAAUUAAACUGCUACGGUGAUGGAGACUCCGAACAAGAUUGCAGUGCUCCAAUGGUUUACUUUAACUGCAGAAAUGCCACCACUGACAGCAAAGGGGCUGGAUGUCAGAAGAGCUGUCAGACUCUUGAUACACAUUGUUACAGCCCACAGUGUGUUUCUGGUUGCGUAUGUCCACACGGACUAGUAUCAGACGGGAAAGGCAGCUGUAUUCCUGUAGAAGAAUGCCCAUGUAUUCACAAUGAUGCUACAUAUCAGCCUGGAGAAAAGAUCAAAGUUGAUUGUAACACUUGUAUAUGUCAGAACAGGAUGUGGAAAUGUACCAUGGAGACAUGCCUAUCAACCUGUGCUAUUUAUGGAGAUGGACAUUAUAUCACCUUUGAUGACAAGCGUUAUAUUUUCAAUGGGCAAUGUGAAUAUACACUCUUGCAGGAUUAUUGUGGCCAGAACAGUUCCACCCAAGGGUCAUUCCGAAUCAUCAGUGAAAAUAUUCCUUGUGGCACCACUGGCACCACUUGUUCUAAAUCUAUUAAAGUGUUCUUCCAAAACUAUGAACUGAUACUUACCGAAGAGCAGUAUAAAGUGGUAAAAAGAGAGAGUGGAGGUCACAUACCAUAUAGAAUUCACCAAAUGGGCAUCUACCUGAUGAUUGAGAUUCAGAAAGGACUAAUUGUCUUAUGGGACAAGAGAACAAGCCUAUUUAUCAAACUCAGUGCAGAAUUCAAGGGUGAGGUCUGUGGAUUGUGUGGGAACUAUGAUGGAAAUGGAGUUAAUGACUUUACAACUCGGAGUCGAUCUGUAGUAGGUGAUGUAUUGGAGUUUGGAAACAGUUGGAAGGUAUCACCCACAUGUCCCGAUGCCAAAUGUGUCAAGGAUCCUUGCUCCAAGAAUCCUUAUAGGAAAGCUUGGUCACAGAAGAAGUGCAGCAUCAUCAACAGCGAAGUCUUUGCCGCCUGCCACUCUCAGGUGGAACCAACUAAAUACUAUGAAGCCUGUGUGACCGAUGCCUGUGCUUGUGAUACUGGGGGAGACUGUGAAUGUUUCUGUACAGCUGUAGCUGCAUAUGCUAAAGUAUGUAGUGAUCAUGGAGUAUGUGUUUCAUGGAGGACGCCAUCAAUUUGCCCCAUGUUUUGUGACUACUACAACAAUGAAGGUGAAUGUGAAUGGCACUACAAACCUUGUGGAGCCCCAUGUAUGAAGACCUGUAGGAAUCCAAGUGGGAGGUGUGCUUAUCAUUUACCUGGCUUGGAAGGCUGCUAUCCACAUUGCCCAGGAGAUAAGCCUUAUUUCAGCGAGGAUGAGAUGAAAUGUGUUAGCAUUUGUGGUUGUUAUGAUAAUAAGGGUAACUAUCAUCGGUUAGGAAAAAACUUUACUACUGGAGAGAUGUGUCAGUCAUGUAAAUGUACCAGCGAAGGCAUUAUUAGCUGUGAAUAUGAUACUAAAGCUUGCUACUGCUACUACGAAGGAAAGAGGUAUAACUACAAGGAAGUCAUUUACAACACCACGGAUGGCUUGGGUUCGUGUAUCACUGCAAUUUGUGACGUCAAUGGAACAAUCAAUAGAGAAGUCUACAAAUGUGCUGGAAUUACCACAAAACCACCAUUUGAAUUCACAACAUCAAGUGGAACAGAAUCAACUCCAACAAGAACAACAAUGUGUGUGCAUAAAGUUUGUAGAUGGAUGGGUUGGUAUGAUCUUAGCUAUCCAUCACAUGAAAUUACCAAUGGAGAGUAUGAAACACCAGAAAUCAUAAGAGCCAAAGGACAUAAUCUUUGCAAACUUCCAGAUAAAGUGGAAUGCAGAGCAAAAGAACUUCCCGAUGAAACAUUGCAUUCUCUCAAUCAAAAUGUAAUAUGCACACCAACUGAUGGUUUGAUCUGCAAUAACAAGGAUCAGACUCCACCAAUGUGCUACAAUUUUGAGGUCAGAUUCUCCUGCUGCAAUUUUGAACCAUGUGGUCCAUUGACAUCAACAUCUGCUACUAAGACUACUGCAGAAACAACACCAGUUACUGAAACAAAAACAUCACCCCCUUACAUACCUCAAUCUAGCACUCCACUUGUUAUUGGGACCACUCGUCCUACUUCCCAGCCUUCUACACCAAGUUCAAUUCAGCCCACAUCCACAUCUUGUCAUCCUAAAUGCCAAUGGACGCAAUGGUUUGAUGACCACAAUCCAAACACUAGCCCUGAUGGUGAUUUUGAGCGCUUUGAAGACAUACGAGCACGUGGACUAGUUUGUGAGCAUCCCAAAGACAUUAAAUGCCAGGCAAAGGACUAUGCACACACUAGGAAUCCUGCCCCGGCGCAGAAUUUCCAGUGCAAUCUAGAGGUUGGACUAGUGUGCGAACAUGAAAAACAGAAACAGAAACCAUAUAAAUGUGUCAACUACCAGGUGCAAUUCCUGUGUUGUGAUUAUAGCCAUUGCCAAACAGUCACAACAGCAGUAACUGCCAAACCUACAUCAGCCAAAAUUCUACACUCUUCCACAACAUCCAGUGCAUCCACCCUACCACACACAAUAUUGACCACCAGUUCAAGCACAACCCCGGUAAGCACAAGUAAAGCAGUAACAACAGGAAAGCAAACAACCACUACCAUUUCUACUCCACUGUCAACACUUGUCUCCACCAGUGCAGAAGUAACAACAGGAAAACAAACAACCACAACCCUUCCUGCUCCACCAUCAACACGACCAGUCACCUCUGGAAUUAUCUCCACUGCAUCGACUACCAGUCCAAGUACACCCCUAGUAUCCACAAGUACAGCAGUAACAACAGGAAAGCAAACAACCACAGCCCUUCCCACUCCACCAUCAACACGACUAGUCACGUCUGGAAUUAUCUCCACUGCAUCGACCACCAGUCCAAGCACACCCCUAGUACCCACAAGUACAGCAGUAACAACAGGAAAACAAACAACUACUACAAUUUCUACUCCAUUGUCAACACUUGUCUCGACCACUGCCAGAAUAACAACAGGAAAGCAAACAACCACAGCCCUUCCCACUCCACCAUCAACACGACUAGUCACGUCUGGAAUUAUCUCCACUGCAUCGACCACCAGUCCAAGCACACCUGUAGUAUCCACAAGUACAACAGUAACAAAAGGAAAGCAAACAACUACAACCCUUCCUGCUCCACCAUCAACACGACCAGUCACUUCUGGAAUUAUGUCCACUGCAUCGACCACCAGUCCAAGCAUACCUGUAGUAUCCACAAGUACAGCAGUAACAACAGGAAAGCAAACAACAACUAUCCUUUCUCCUCCACUGUCAACACUUGUCUCCACCAGUGCAGGCCUAUCAACUGGCUCUACACUCGCAACUACUUUAAGCAGAGUAACUCCAUGUUUCUGCCAUGUAUCUGGAACUCCUGAUUCUUUAUUUUCUCCUGGGGAAAUAAUAUAUAAUACAACUGAUCAUUCUGGAUGCCGUUUUAUUGCAAUCUGUGAUGCAAAUUGUGAAAUUAAGAGGAAUCCGGUAUUGUGCCCUACAACAACUCCCCACCCAUCAGUUACAACCUCAGGAACAUUACCUAUUCCCACUUCCACAACUUUUACUCCAGCAACUGAACUACACACUUCCCCAACUCCAAGAACUGGGGAAAACAUUUUCUCAACUCCUGUACCAGAUUGCCCUGAUGCGGGUCCACCUAGAAAGUUUAAUGAAACAUGGAUGUUUAAUAAUUGCACUAAAGCAACAUGUGAAGGGAACAACCGAAUUGUUGUGGUGCCACUCCCUCAAGCUGAGAAGAUAGUCUGUGCCAGUGGACUCGAACCAAAGAAAAUAGUGGAUAAAGAUGGUUGCAUAGAACGCUAUGAGUGUGAAUGUAUCUGUAAGGGUUGGGACCAUUACAACUUUAUGACUUUUGACGGCACUUCUUAUACUUUCCAUGGCAAUUGCACUUAUAUCUUGGUGAAAGAGAUUGUGAAUAAAUAUGGAAACCUCCGUAUUUUGCUUGACAAUGCCUUCUGCGAUGUAGCUGUUAAUCAAUCCUGUUCCAGAUCCCUAAUUAUAUAUUACAACUCUAUGGAAGUCCGACUAACUAGUGAAAUACAUGAAGGAGUGAGAGUUAACAAGAUUUUUUUCGGCAAUGACUCUGUCCCAGAGGGCUUUGUCAAAGAUGGCAUUGUGGCUACUAGUAAUGGUGUUACUAUGACGAUUGAAAUGCCUGCCAUCAGUGGUUUUGUUUCCUUCAAUGGUUUCACCUUCUUUAUUAUGCUUUCACAUGAACUCUUUCAACACAACACAGAGGGACAGUGUGGGAGUUGUUCAAAUGACCAGUCAGAUGAUUGUCGCAAGCCCAAUGGACAGAAAGCUGACUCCUGCUCAGAAAUGGCUAUCUACUGGCAAGUGCCCGAUAUCAAUAAGCCCCACUGUCAGGUGGAGCCAACAACACCUCCUAUAAUGAGCACAAUUGUGCCAACUACACCAGUGGAGUCUACACCAACACCAACACCCUGCAGCUUUCCAUCACCUUUGUGCCAGCUGAUUAUAAGCGAUAUUUUUGCAGAGUGCCAUAAAGUUCUGUCUCCAAGAAAUUUCUAUGACAACUGCCUCAUUGAAACAUGUCAGGCUUCCAACAAUUCCUUGAGUUGCAUCUACAUUGACAUGUAUGCCUCUCUUUGUACGGCGAACGGGGCUUGUGCUGACUGGAGGAGCAAGACCUAUGGGAAAUGCCCCUAUUAUUGCCCAAAAGACAAGGUGUAUGCUCCUUGUGCUCCUAUUCAUCCAGAAACCUGUGAAAAUGGAUUAACGCAUGAGAAGAACGACCAUGUUGCUGAACGAUGCAUUUGCCCAGAGGGCACAAUCUUGUUCAAUUCUCACACUGGCCUCUGUGUUCCAGAAUGUGGUUGUGUGGGACCAGAUGGAUUACCAAAACCGCCUGGUAGCAAAUGGAAGAGCAACUGUCAAGAGUGUUUGUGUGAUCCUUUGUCUAUAAGCGUACAGUGCAAGCCACAGAACUGCUCAAAAACGACACACAGUUGUGAGGAGGAAGGAUACAUGCCCAUCUCUGUGCUAAAUCCAGAAGAUCCAUGCUGCCCCCAAAUAAAAUGCGUAUGCAACAUCAGUCUGUGCUCCAAGGAAAAGAAGAUUUGUAAACCUGGAUAUCACGUAGCCUCAAUCUCUUAUGAUGACUGCUGUGGCAGCAUUAAGUGUGAAAUAAGAGAACGUAUCUGUUUGGUUAAUGGAUCAGUUUAUGAGCCUGGGAUGACUGUUCCUGGUAAAUCCUGUGAAACGUGCAUCUGUAGUUCUGUUAGGGACCCUGCUACCAAGAGAAAUGUUGUGGAAUGUAAGCCGGUUACCUGCAACACGGAUUGUCCCAUGGGUCAUGAGUAUCAAGUAACACCUGGUGAAUGUUGUGGAAACUGCAUCCAAGUGGCUUGCAUCGUCACCAUUAAUGGUACUACUGAGAUACUGGAGCCUGGGCAGACAAAAGCGAGUAAUUGUAAACAGUACAGAUGUGAACCAAGGAACAAUAUACUAGUUUUGGUUGAGACUGAAGAAACGUGCCCUUCUUUUGAUCCAGGCUGUAGUCCUGAUCAAAUUGAAUUGACUCCAAAUGGCUGUUGCAAGAUAUGCAAAGAGACACCAAACUGCAAGCCAUACAAGAAUCAAACUCUAAUUCGUGAAAAUGAGUGUGUAUCUUCUGAAACUGUUGAACUGACCCACUGUGAAGGAACUUGUCCAAGCUCUUCAGUAUAUUUCCAAAAGGAAAAGGCAUUUCAUCAUAAUUGUGCAUGUUGCCAAGAGCAAAAGAGCCAUAGAAAAGAAGUAACCUUAACAUGUCCAAACGGCACGACCAUCAUUUAUGACUAUAUAUAUGUGGAUGAGUGUAAGUGCAUAACAGACGUAUGCCCCUCUGAAGCCCCACCCAGCUAGAAGAAGGAUAAGAAUUUUCAUUUUUCUUUGUUCAAGAUAAAUCCAACGAUCAUUCUGCAGAAAUCAGUCAUCAUCCAGUGCUAUUUGGAUCUCUCCCUGUGUCCUUGACUCCGAUAUUUUUCUGUUGGCCAGGUGCUUAAUCAAAUUAAUGUCCUCUUUCAUGUAAAAAAAAAUUACAUUCAUCCUGGCAAAGUGUUUUCAAAAUGAGAGAGUUCUCAUUGGACGUUUUUUCUCAUUGGAAAACCUUCCAAGUAUUCCUAACAUAAUAAUAGUAAUGUAUAACAUUUUAAUGUAGAAAACUAAAUUCUUAUAUAGUAUGUCCAUGCUUUUCUUGCUUUGCUGAUUAUUUGGGGGAGGGCAGGGGUUACAAGUCUUUAAAUGCAGGCACAAACUUCUGUAUAGCACCAAUGCACGUGCUAAACUUGCUUUCCUAUUCUGCAUUUUUGAGAUUAAUAAACGAUACUUGAAUAAGUU